CUCAUGGGGCCCCCUACUGACCCCAGGCCCUCGGGCAGUGCCCGAGUUUCCAAAUGGUCAGUCCGCCCCUGGCCAGCACUAACCUGCAUGUGAACCUAGACUACAGCUGGUUCACUAAGAAUCUUUAUGCACCUGCGCACCCACCUCUUCAGGGAAGCCUACCCCACCCCCUGCUAACUUGCCGACCUCCUCCACUCUUCCUACCACUCCAUCCCCCACAGCUAUCUCCUCCUGUGCCACCAUCCCCUCCCUCCUAGAUGUAAGCUCGAAAGAGCAGGGCCCUCAAUCCCCUCAUGUUUUGCAUUGUAUUGGUAUUGUUCUGUCCCCCAUUGUAAUGUACAGCGCUGA